GAUUGAGCAUAGUCAAGGGGGAGAAGGGAGGAAAUCAUCCUUUGGAAACAGUCCCCUGAGAGCUCCUGAAUUUCCUGCCUCCCAUCUUCUCCAAGAGAGGCUGCAAACAGCCUAUACCAGGUGCCCUAGCUCUGCUGAGGAGGAGUGGAUCUGGGCAGUGCUAAUCGGUGGACUCUGGCAGUCACACAUACUGUAAAUAGAAAGGCAGGAAAGUAAAUGGGACAUCAGCUGUAGCUGUCAAAGAGCUCUGGAGCUGGGAGGCAGCUGUUUGCACACACAUGCUUGCACACCAAGCACUGCUAAGCUCUUUCGACCUCUGCUGUGUGCCUGAGCCAGGAUGGAGAGUAUUAGCAACAGCCUGAAGAAUAAAGCAACCGAAAGACAUCACAGGGCAGAGGUGAUGAUUGCAGGAGAGCAGCUGAGGCUUCGACUUCAUGAUGGAAAGCUCAUUAAGGACAGGCGCCACCACCUUCGAACGUACCCCAACUGCUUUGUUGCAAAGGAGCUUACAGACUGGCUGAUUGACCACAAGGAAGCACCAGACCGAGAGACGGGUAUCCGCCUAAUGCAGAAGCUAAUGGACCAUUACAUCAUCCAUCAUGUUUGUGACGAACACUCGGACUAUAAGGAUGCCAAGUUGCUCUACCGUUUCCGCAAGGACGACGGGACCUUUCCUCUCAACAAGGAUGUAAAGGUGUUCCUGAGGGGGCAGAGCCUUUAUGAGACGCUGAUCAAUGUAGAAGACUCCAUACUGAAGGCGAGAGAGGAGAAUUCUGUGAAGUACCAGAGGACAUUCCUGGGCUGUGAAAUGAUUGACUGGCUCAUCCAGGAAGGGGAGACAGCAAACAGAAAGGAAGCUGUGGAGCUGGGCCGAGCACUGUUGGAACAUGGGAUCAUUCAGCAUGUCUCCAGCAAGCACCACUUCUUUGACAGUAACCUGCUCUACCAGUUCCGGAUCAACUUCCGUCGGAGGCGACGGCUUACGGAACUGCUCAAUGAGAACUCGCCCCGGCCUUUGUCGGAGAGCCCUGACAGCCCCUUCUGCCUCCGCAAGCUCAACCCGGAGCAAGGCAACUCCAGCUUCCUCUCGGCCAAGAUCUGGGAGGAGUUUUAUCUGUGUCUUUCAGUCCAGCCCAACAAGGAGAUCAAAAUAGUGUCAGCAGUUCGGAGGAGCAGCGUCACCUCUCUUGCUGGAAGUUCCAACCCCUAUUUCGCUCCUACACCCAGCCUGGGAUUCCUGCCAGCAGCUGAAUGCAACCCCAAAUCAGUGCUAAAGAGGCCUGUCACCAGUGAGGAGCUCCUGUCCCCUGGGGCUCCAUACAUCAAGAAAACACUAACCAUUGUGGGAGAUGCUGUGGGCUGGGGGUUUGUGGUCCGUGGAGGGAGACCCUGCCAUAUCCAGGCUGUGGACCCUGGAGGACCCGCUGCAGCAGCAGGCAUGAAGGUGUGUCAGUUUGUUUUCUCUGUGAACGGAAUGUAUGUUCUGCAUUUGAACUAUCCGACCAUCAGCAGCCUUAUCAUGACGGGACCACGAACGCUUGUUCUGGAGGUCAUGGAAGCCAUUGAAUAAGUGAAGAAUCCUCUUCUCAUCACUGUUCCAAGAGGCGGGGUGCUUCAGCUACUAAAGGAUGGAGUGAUCGGUUACAUGAGUCUGCUAAAAUUCAGGGACGGACCAAACCUGGUCUCUCAUUCUAAGAUACUAGGCCUGAAAUGUAGCCUGACAUUUUGACUCGUCUUAAGUAAUUGGAAUCUGAUGGGGCAGGUCUCUUGGGCUCAGAUAGGACUGAGGUAUUUGUGGCUCAGUGCCUAAUCCUGAGAGAUUAUGAGCAUCCACAACUCCUUUUAAAGUCAAUGGAGGUGCUUGGCCACAUUCAGGAUUGGGGCCUUAGCGCACAUGGUCCUUUCACCUACAAGGACCUGGGGUCAAGUUGCAAGUUAAGUAAGAAUUUAACUGAGAUUGUUUGAUCUCCAGGAACCGGUAAGUGAUGAGAAGCUUGUUGUUUUGGUUUAAAAAACCUACCAUUCUGUGUGAUGACCCUGAGCAGAAUAUCUGAGCUCAGGAGACUGCCCAGCACGAAGAGUCAGCUAAAAACGCCUUAUCUGAAAGCUGUACACAUUCCAGAUGAUGCAGUACAUGGCGCUGGUGACCACAUCAAGAAAUAAAGGAAAGAAUGCCCCAGUGAGUUAUGUUUCCUUAUAAACAGGAAAGAGACCCCUUUUCCAGAUGGAAAUUGACAUACUCACGGGAAAUAACUUUUAUUUUUGAAGCAUCUAAGAGGUUU